AUGCAUCUACCUCCGGGCCUUGCAGUCGUUCAGCGCUCAGAAGAGGAGGGAAGAGCAUAUAUGGACUGGCACAUGCGGCAGGCCAUGAGCGAGCCCUGCUUCUUCUCCAUGCAACUCCUGAACGCGGCGACGCCUCUGGUGACACAGGGCAAACUUGCACAAGAAGUUGUGCUCCGGCUCCGCGGACAGGUCGUAACGCAUCUCAACGCAGCCAUACGCGAUCCGGAUCGAAUGCUCACCAUUCCAGUGUUGCUCACUGUAGCGAGUAUUGCGUUGCAUGAGCGACUAUUCGGCGAGGCCAGAAACGCCUUGGAGAUCCACGGACCGGCGUUUUCGAGGAUGCUCGCACUGAAGGGCGGAAUUGAGAGUCUGGAAGUUCCGCGGAUUGGCUUUGCUCUGAUCAAAUUCACAACCGAUGUCCUGUCGUCGACCAAUUCUGGAAUGUCAACCGGAGAUCUGCUCAAACGAUGGGCGCCGAGCGGACUGCGCAAGCAACAUCCUGGGUAUGGCUCCGCGGCCGAGCAAGCUUGA